AUGUGCUUGGAUGCACCUGCAGAGUUUUUGGGAAAACCUAUUCGGUUUCAAUGGAAUUCAUGUGAGACCCAACGUGUACGCCAACGCAAAAGAUCAUAUCUCCGAUCGGCUCCUAUGGAGAUCGCAUUUCAAUGCCUUCAUACCGAACCUUCCAUCUGCAAUAAAGCAGAACGUGCCUUUCAAAAGGCUGGGAAAACCAUUGCCUCUACCUUUUUGUUUAAGGAACCCGUACGUGUCAAUGCUACGAUGAUGUCCUUUUGUCAGGUCACGGGCGAGUGUGGUAAAAAUAUGAUGACCUUGGGUGGUUCUUCACCUGCUCGAGCCAUUCCUUUAUUAAACAGUGAUGGGAUGACUCGAUUACAUCCACAGGCUUUGGUGAAGCAAUUCGGUCUGACAGAUCAUCCUGCCUUUGCCCCGUUUGAUAUCAUUGGUAUCUUUAAUGCAGAUGCACCCUUUUGGUUCGAGCAUGAAUUGAUGCAUGGGCUUGGAUUCUAUUCUGGCUGGAAUGAAUAUAUUGGACCUCACAUGAUCACACCGGACCCUUCACCCUUUCUUGCGAACCAAUUGAUGCUUUCGAUCAAUCCUGGUACGACGGCCAUUCAUCCUAGUCAAUUCCUGGAGAGUGCGAUGGAUCGAUUGAUGACGGACGAGAAAGGACGGUUCGUUUCGGAACACACCAGAGAACUGAAUCGGAUGGAAGCAGAGAGUCUAGAAGCGUUGGUGACGGAUCCACGAUUUAAGACAGUGCAGAGCGUGAGUGAAUUUGCAACCGAACCUGGUACAUUGGGAAUCCAACUUUCGAAAGAAGAAUGGGUAGUGUUAGAAACGGGUUUGAGCCCCUUUCAACCGGGAUCGUCUAUCUCGCAUGUUGCUUACUCGGAGUAUACACAUACGCCAGAUUUUUUGAUGCGUUUUAUGCAAGAUCGGGGGUUGACUUUGCAAGAGGCGGUACAACGAGGAGAAGGAAAAGGUCCUAUUGGUCCACUCUUGCUAAGGAUCUUUGAAGAAAUGGGUUACGCCACUGUAAAUCAACCGGAUACUGUGCCUCCCUUGAUGUUGUUUCGAUCGGGUAUUCAAAAAAAUCAACGUCUCGACAAGGGGACUUCUUCUUCGAUGGCCAUUCAUAAUUCACCCACUCUUUUGUAUUUAUUCUUUUAUCUUUUGAUUGUUCUUAUUUAUUAA